AUGGCGACCAUGACCAACGAAGAAAUGGGGUCACCGGGUUCAGCACCAGGGCUUGCUCAGGAUGCUCCGACGAUCAUCAGAAUUCCCUUGAGAGCCAUACUUGACAUCGUGCUAGCAGAGCUGGGAAUCCCAGAGGCCGAAUACCGUCGCGAGAUAUGCGACGAUAACAAGAUCUGCGUCACCGUGCUUUUCGACGCCUCUACAAUCAAAGGAGCCCCCGCCCAUAUGUCGAUAUCCGGAACAUAUUCCACGGACGAUGAAGUGGCAGAGGACACAGCUGCUCUUAAAGCCAUUGAGUACUUAGAAACUGCGGCCAAUGUGGUGAUCAGGGACUACAGUUACGACAAGCUGAAACGGCUCGAGGAAGAAACCGAGCGCCUGAUGGAGCAGUUGGAAGAAGCAAAUGGUGCCAUACCCAAGCUUGUUAGGGGCUGGCUGCUUGCUGUCAGAUGUAUGAGUUCAUUCUCUCAUAGUCUUAAGCUACUCCUGGGCAAAGUAUCAUGGAUGAGAUUAUGA